AUGGCGCGGGUGCCGAGGGGUAGUUGGAUGGCGAGGAGGCGAGAGCUGGGCCGGCUCUGCCAUGGCAGCGCACACUCGGCGGCUAGCAGGAACUAUCCCGAGGGGUGCACGUGGAUGGGCGUGCGGGAGCGGGUGCGUGGCCGGUGGGCGGCGCAGAUCCGCAUCCCGGGCACCCGCACCAGGCUGUGGAUUGGCAGGUUCGAGCUAGCUGUGCAGGCGGCACUCGCCUACGACACCGCGCUCUUCUGCUUCCAUGGCCCCGACCGCCUGCCCAGCCCGCGCAGGUUCAACUUCCCGGCGGCGCCGCGCCCCAUAAUCCCUGAGGACAAGCGUGCCACGCUCACCCGUGCCGACAUCAAGCGCAUCGCGGAGAGCCACGCCCGCUUCUUGGCCAACUUCUACGUCGGUGAGCUGCCCGCCGUUAACCCUGCAGCAGCUUCACCACCACCACCAUCGGCGGCGGCAGCAGAUGGUGCUGCUGUUGUUGCCGAUGAUCAAGCAACCGCUGCUACUGAUGGUAGCAACGACAACAACUGA